CGAACAUGUUGCGCGCGCUCGCAGCUCUCGCCACUCCUCGCGUAAACCUCGCUCCAUUCGUCCGCGCGCUCGCAACACUCUCGGCCAACCCACCGCUCGCGCGCGCGCGGCCAUCCAGAUCCACCGAUGACUACUUCGCCGCCGUCCACCUCAUCUCCAACGUCGUCCGCACGGACCACUACCUCGAGCGCACCCUCAACCGCCUCCGCCUCCCUCCCCUCUCCCCCGAUCUCGUCUACCGUGUUCUCCGCGCCUGCGCUUCCGCCCCAACCCCAUCCCGCCGCUUCUUCUCCUGGGCUCGCUCUCGCCCCUCCUACCGCCCCACAACACUGGAAUUUGAGGCCUUGCUCCAAUCCCAUGCCCGCGCGCGCCUUUGGUCCUCGAUGUGGUCCAUUGCCGACCAGAUGCGCUCCCUUGGGCUCCCCUUCUCCCCAUCCCUCUUCUCUUCAAUCAUCCUCUCCUACGCCGACCACGGCCUCGCUGAUCUCGCUGUCGAUGUCUUCAAUCGGACGCGCCACUUCAACUGCCCCCAAACCACCGCCGUAUACAACGCCCUCCUCACCGCCCUCUGCAACGUCCGGAACUUCCACGGCGCCUACGCUCUAAUCCGUCGCAUGGCUCGGAAGCAGGUCGCACCCGAUCGGGACACCUUCUCCAUUCUCGUCCGUGCUUGGUGCUCCGCCGGCAAGCUCCGGGAGGCGCAGGAGUUUCUGGAAGAGAUGAGCCAGCGCGGAUUCUCUCCUCCUGUCCGCGGCCGUGAUUUGCUCGUCGAUGGGCUUAUCAAUGCUGGGUAUCUAGAGUCAGCCAAGGAGAUGGUUGUGAAGAUGACGAAAGAGGGGUUCUUGCCGGACGUCGCCACCUUCAAUUCUCUUGUUGAGGCUCUCACCAAAUCGGAAGAGGUUGAUUUUUGCAUUGAUCUUCUUCACGAUGCAAGCAGGUUGGGAUUGUGCCCUGAUAUCUCCACUUACAAGGUGUUGAUUCCAGCUGUGUCAAAGGCUGGGAGGAUUGAGGAGGCUUUCAGGUUACUUUACGGUUCCAUGGAAGAUGGACACAAGCCAUUUCCAAGCUUGUAUGCGCCAAUCGUCAAGGAAUUAUGCAGGGCUGGGAGGUUUGGAGAUGCUGUGAGUUUCUUCAGUGAUAUGAAGGUUCGCGGGCACCCGCCGAAUCGGCCUGUGUAUACUAUGCUUGUGAAAAUGUGUGUGAGAGGAGGGAGGUUUGUGGAGGCUGCGAAUUUUUUGGUGGAGAUGACAGAGAUGGGGUUGAUGCCGCGGUCACAGAGUUUUGACAUGGUGGUUGAUGGGUUGAAGCACUGCGGGAAGCUGGAUUUGGCAAGGAGAAUGGAGCAGUUGGAGGUCUCACUGAGGGGGAAUUGAUUGCGUAAGCCUUGUCAUUAAACAGAACAAGUUCUUG